UCUUCCUUGCAGAAAUUUGCAUCAUGGGCUUGUAGGGACUGCUUCACUGAGCCAUGGUCUGUUCGGCUGCCCCUCUGCUGCUCCUGGCCACAACUCUUCCCCUGCUGGGGUCACCAGUUGCCCAAGCAUCCCAACCUGGACAGAGUCAGGCUGGAGGGGAAUCUGGAUCUGGGCAGCUCCUGGACCAACAGAAUGGAGCAGGAGAAUCAGCGCUGGUCUCCGUCUAUGUACGUCUGGACUUUUCAGAUAAGACCUGGCCCCAUGAAGUCUCCAGGACCCUGACUCUCCCGGCUGCCUCAGCUUCCUCUUCCCCAAGGCCUCUUCUCACUGGCCUCAGACUCACAACAGAGUGUAAUGUCAACCACGAGGGGAAUUUCUAUUGUGCUUGCCUCUCUGGCUACCAGUGGAACACCAGCAUCUGCCUCCAUUACCCUCCUUGUCAAAGCCCCCAGAACCAGCAGCCUUGUGGCUGCCUUGUCUUCAGCCAUCCUGAACCCGGGUACUGCCAGUUGCUGCCACCUGGGUCCCCUGUCACCUGCCUCCCUGCAGUCCCCGGGACCCUCAGCCUGAACUCCCAGCUGCAGAUGCCUGGUGACACACUGAGCCUGACUCUCCUGCUGAGCCAGGAGGCCACCGACCUGAGCUGGUUCCUGAGGCACCCAGGGAGCCCCAGUCCCAUCCUCCUGCAGCCAGGGACACAGGUGUCUGUGACUUCCAGCCACGGCCAGGCUGCCCUCAGUGUCUCCAACAUGUCCCAUCACUGGGCAGGUGAGUACAUGAGCUGCUUUGAGGCCCAGGGCUUCAAGUGGAACCUGCACGAGGUGGUGAGGGUGCCCUUGAAGGCGACAGAUGUGGCUCGACUUCCAGACCAGCUGUCCAUCUCCUGUGCCACCUCCCCUGGCUUCCAGCUGAGCUGCUGCAUCCCCAGCACAAACCUGGCCUACACCGCGACCUGGAGCCCUGGAGAGGGCAGCAAAGCCUCCUCCUUCAACGAGUUAGGCUCUCAGUGCUUUGUGUUGGCUGUUCAGCACUGCCCAAUGACUGACACCGUGUACACUUGUGACCUGCAGAGCCCUGGCCUGGCUCCACUCAGGGUCCCCAUCUCCAUCACCAUCAUCCAGGAUGGGGACAUCACCUGCCCUGAGGACACCUCAGUGCUUACCUGGAAUGUCACCAAGGCUGGCCACAUGGCACAGGCCCCAUGUCCUGAGAGCAAGAGGGGCAUAGUGAGGAGGUUUUGUGCAGCUGACGGAGUCUGGGGGCCUGUCCACAGCAGCUGCACAGAUGCGAGGCUCCUGGCCUUGUUCGUUAGAGCCAAGCUGCUGCAGGCAGGCCAGGGCAGUCCUGCUGAGGCAGUACCACAGAUCCUGGCACAGCUGCCAGGGCAGGCGGCAGAGGCAAGUUCACCCUCCGACUUACUGACCCUGCUGAGCACCAUGAAAUACCUGGCCAAGGCGGUGGCAAAGGCCAGAAUACAGCUUGACCGCAGCGCCCUGAAGAAUCUCCUGAUUGCCACAGACAAGGUCCUAGAUAUGGACACCAGGUCUCUGUGGACCCUGGCCCAAGCCCGGAAGCCCUGGGCAGGCUCAACUCUCCUGCUGGCUGUGGAGACCCUGGCAUGCAGCCUGUGCCCACAGGACCACCCCUUCACCUUCAGCUUGCCCAAUGUUCUGCUGCAGAGCCAGCUGUUUGGACCCACGUUUCCUGCUGACUACAGCAUCUCCUUCCCUACUCGGCCCCCACUGCAGGCUCAGAUUCCCAGGCACUCACUGGCCCCACUGGUCCGUAAUGGAACUGAAAUAAGUAUUACUAGCCUGGUGUUGCGAAAACUGGACCACCUUCUGCCUUCAAACUAUGGACAAGGGCUGGGGGAUUCCCUCUAUGCCACUCCUGGCCUGGUCCUUGUCAUUUCCAUCAUGGCAGGCGACCAGGCCUUCAGCCAGGGCGAGGUCAUCAUGGAUUUUGGGAACACAGAUGGUUCCCCUCACUGUGUCUUCUGGGAUCACAGCCUCUUCCAGGGCAGGGGGGGUUGGUCCAAAGAAGGGUGCCAGGCACAGGCAGCCAGUGGCAGCCCCACUGCUCGGUGCCUCUGCCAGCACCUCACUGCCUUCUCCGUCCUCAUGUCCCCACACACUGUUCCGGAAGAACCCGCUCUGGCGCUGCUGACUCAAGUGGGCUUGGGAGCUUCCAUACUGGCGCUGCUUGUGUGCCUGGGUGUGUACAGGCUGGUCUGGAGAGUCGUGGUGCGGAAUAAGGUCUCCUAUUUCCGCCACGCCGCCCUGCUCAACAUGGUGCUCUGCUUGCUGGCCGCAGACACUUGCUUCCUAGGCGCCCCCUUCCUCCCUCCAGGGCCCCGAAGCCCGCUCUGCCUGGCUGCCACCUUCCUCUGUCAUUUCCUCUACCUGGCCACCUUUUUCUGGAUGCUGGCGCAGGCCCUGGUGUUGGCCCACCAGCUGCUCUUUGUCUUUCACCAGCUGCCGAAGCACCGAGUUCUCCCCCUGAUGGUGCUUCUGGGCUACCUGUGCCCACUGGGGUUGGCGGGUGUCACCCUGGGGCUCUACCUACCUCAAGGGCAAUACCUGAGGGAGGGGGAAUGCUGGUUGGAUGGGAAGGGAGGGGCGUUGUACACCUUCGUGGGGCCAGUGCUGGCUAUUGUAGGUGUGAAUGGGCUGGUACUAGCCAUGGCCAUGCUGAAGUUGCUGAGACCUUCGCUGUCAGAGGGACCCCCAGCGGAGAAGCGCCAAGCUCUGCUGGGGGUGAUCAAAGCCCUGCUCAUUCUCACACCCAUCUUUGGCCUCACCUGGGGGCUAGGCCUGGCCACUCUGUUAGAGGAAGUCUCCGUGGUCCCUCAUUACAUCUUCACCAUUCUCAACACCCUCCAGGGUGUCUUCAUCCUAUUGUUUGGUUGCCUCAUGGACAAGAAGGUACAAGAAGCUUUGCGCAAACGCUUCUGCCGUGCCCAAGCCCCCAGCUCCACCAUCUCCCUGUCCACAAAUGAAGGCUACAUCUUGGAACACAGCAAAGGAGGAAGUGACACUGCCAGGUGAGAACUAGACUUUCUCAGGGGCAGUGUAAGCAGGGUGGAUUGAGGAUGGUGUGGCAAAGGCCAAACCAACUUUGCCAAACUCCUGGCAAAGUUCUGGAGAGAAGCCUCCUCUUUCUAUACUCAGCCCACACCAAAGGGUAGGAAACAGGUUUUUCUAGGGUAGCCAUUGCUAGAUGGGUGGGGGACGGUGGAAAUGUCAGAGAGCAGAAGGCAUAGCACCUUCUCUUGCUUUCCAAGAAAGCAAGAAGUUUCACCACCACCAGUCCUUGACUCAGUUUCUCUGAAAAUUCCUUUUCACAUUAUCACACUUCUUAUUAUCAUGAGAGUCAUGCCUUGAAGGGAUUGCCAUGGGUGGGCUUGGUAUCCAGAGGGGAGGGCAGCCUGCAGAAGUUGGGCGCGGUAUCCAUUCACCACUCCCGAGCUCUUUCACAGGAAGACAGAUGCUUCAGAGUGAACCACACACGGACCCAUGUUCCUGCAAGGGAGUUGAGGCUAUGUGCUUGAACCCACCAGAUGAGCCCUGGCCCAAUGCUCUGAACUCUUCCUGCCUCCCGGAGCUCAGCCCUUGAUAAAGUCAGGCUUCUAUUUCCCUUAGUCACACUCAUUUAUCUUACAGCUCACCCCUUCUCAUUUCUAAAGUAUCCAGCAAGAAUAGCAGGAAAAAUUAGCUAAAGGCACCUAAUGAAUAAGGCUGCCUUUGCUCCAGAAAUAAUCAACAGAUAUCAAAGUGCAUAAUAAUUACAAGUAAACUUUCUCAACCAGUUUUUAACUAUAACAAUACAUGUUGUGAAUGAAUAUGUUUGAUAAAAAUGGUUUUAAUUGACCUAUUCAGCGAUUUCUGAUGAUUUCUUUUGCAAUAGUUAUGAAGAAAGGACGACUUAAUUGACAGGAACCUCUGAUCUUCCAAACAUUGGAGAUGAAGGGCAGGACUUGGUUUGUCUCUUCUCAAGUUUAGGAAAAGAUGAAGUUAAUUGGUCCCUCUUUCUCUAACCUUUAAAAAAAAUAAAUAUAAAAUGUAAGUUUCACAACCGUAUCCAUGUAUAGAAAGAGGUAUUGAUUGAUAUGAGCACAUUGUAAGAAUAGGUUAUACAAAUUUAAAGUUUAAUAUAAAUUUUUAUCAAUUAAUAACAUUUAAUUUAUAUUUAAAAAUUAAUACUAGAUAUAGAGAAGAUAGAUUUAACAAAAUCUUUUUGAAGAGACCAAGAUACCUAUCUGGCUGAAUUAACUUAGGGAAUUCACCAGAGGAAGAUACAGGAUUCUGAGAAAUUUUUAAACUAGAUACACGAAAAAAGUGAUGAAUCAGUCUUUGUUAAUUAUGCAAUUCAUGGAUAUUUUUUAUAAAAUGGGAUGGGGGCAUUUUCUGUUAAAACAAAAAUGGAUAUGCUAUCACG